AUGUCCAAAUCGAUGUCAAAUCCUGAAAGCAGCGAGAAGGUUAUGAUGGAAAACCUGGAGGAAGCAGAUCAACGUCAGCAUGAGCCAACUGAAGACGAUCUAUCGCCGUCUGAGAGAAAAAAAAUCCUCCACAAGAUUGACAGGCGCUUAAUCACUGCCCUUGGGCUCAUGUUUGCAGUGUCUUUAAUCGAUCGCGCCAAUCUUGGCUCUGCUAACAUUGCCGGGAUGGCUAAGGAGUUGGAAUUAGAAAAAGGAGUUCGCUACUCCUUGAUUAUUAUUAUGUUUUUUGUCCCAUAUGUGUUUUGCCAGUGGCCGAGUGCGAUUCUUGUACGGAAGAUGGGCCCCCGGGUUUUUAUGCCUGUAACCGCAGUUGCUUGGGGAAUUGUUAUGCUAUGCUUCGGUUUCGUGAAAUCCUGGGUCCAGCUCGUUGGUCUUCGUGUUCUUGUUGGAUUUUUCGAAGCUGGACUACUUCCCGGGUCCCUUUUUUUGCUGCAGGUCUGGUAUUGUCGCUAUGACGUGCAUAGACGAUAUGCUGCAUUCUACUCUAUCAGCGUCACAGGUUCUUCACUUUCUGGUGUUCUCGCCUACGCCUUCAUGCAGAUGAGUGGAGUGGGCGGACUGUUGGGGUGGAGGUAUAUAUUUAUUUGGGAAGGAGUACUGACAUGUGUGAUCGCGCUUAUUGGAGCAAUUUUAAUUGUCGACUUCCCCCAGAAUGCGCAUAAACGCCAAGGUUUCCUCACGGCCCAGGAGCUUGCACAUGUCAUGAACAUGCUGGAAAAGGAUCGAAAAGAUACAGAGGAGGAGCCGUUCACCUGGCGUGCGUUCUUAACAUCUGCUCUGGAUCUGAAGAUUUGGGGCUUUGGCCUUAUCUUUUUAUGCAACACCGUGAUUUCAUACUCAAUCACAUAUUUCUUGCCAAUCAUUCUAAACAGCAGGAUGGGUUUCGAUGUUGGCUUAUCGCAGGUGUUGAGCACACCACCCUUCUUUUUUGCAGGCGUGUAUAUGUAUAUCCAAGGCUGGAUCGGAGAUAAGUAUCAUACUCGAGGUCCAUGUAUCAUAUGGAAUAGCUUGCAGGGCAUUUGUGGGUUAUGUCUUUUGGUUUGGGUUGAUUCUGCAGCAGUUCAAUAUUUUGGUGUUUUUCUGGUUACCGCAGCGGCGCAAAGCACAUUGCCUUGUGUUAUGGCAUACCAAGCAAACAAUAUUUGUGGACAGUGGAAGCGUGCAUUUGCAAGUGCAACCCUGGUUACAUCAGGAGGCACGGGGGGUAUUAUUGGCGCCUUGGUUUUCCGAUCCCAGGAUGCACCUGAAUAUCUCCCUGGUAUUUAUACCUGUCUUGGGUAA